AUGAGGCAGGAAUCAAGCUCUCUUGAGGAAGAUCAAGCAGAAUGCUGCUUGAACAAAAUCACUGUCGAGCCUGUGAUAUUUUGCUACGCGUUUGGUAUCAUUCUUCACGUCCCAGUUAUACAGCAAUACAUCCAUAGGAGAAUAGCUGAGGAGAAAGGCAUUAUUUACAACACAACGGCAAGUUUAAGUAACUGCGAUUCCAUUCCAAUAUCUAGAAACGCAGAAACACUAAAACUGCAAAAGGAGGUGCAGUCAGAAGCAUCAUUUAUGCAACUCGGCAUAGUCUUCUCCGCCAGCGCGCCGUCACUCCUGGUCGCGUUGUUUUUGGGGGCCUGGUCCGACCGAGCGGGACGGCGAAGGGUCAUGGGUUUGCCCAUAUUUGGCAGUGCUUUAGAGUCAGCGAUAAUACUUUGGGUUAUAUAUUUCAACCUUCCAAUUCAGACGUUACUAUUAGCUGGAUUUAUCAAUGGUGUUUGUGGGUUCUUUCCUACAAUGGUGUUGUCUGUGUUCUCGUACAUGGCGGACAUUACAGAGGAAUCACAGCGCGCUUUUCGCCUGGGAAUCUUGGAAGCGACGGCUUUUAUUAGCGGCAUGCUAAGUCACUUGAGUAGCGGUUGGUUGAUAAACAAGACUGGGUACAAAGCACCGUAUAUGAUGAUACUUUCACUUCACACUUUUGCUUUGUUUUACGUAGUUCUAAAACUCCCGGAAUCAAGAGCAAAACAUUUAAUGGAAAAUUCCAACGUGAAAGUCUUUAGCCUACAGCACAUCCGGGUUGUCAUUUACAUCUUCACGAACCCUCGGUCUGGUGAGCGAUGGCGCAUGUGCAUACUGAUGCUAACCUCUGGUCUCAUGAUCGUGUCUUCAAUCGGCUUUGGAAGCGUCAUUGUACUUUACGCAAUAGACCAGCCGUUGUGCUGUAACUCUAUUCUAAUUGGCUAUUACCUAGCAACAAGCUUUUUGGUUCAAGCUGUUGGAGCCGUUUUAGGACUGAAAUUUCUGAGGAUGGUUUUAUCAGAACACGCUCUCAUGCAAGUGGGAAUGAUAUCUGUGACUUGCUCGCUUGUUAUGAUGGCCUUCGUCGGAAGCAAAACAUCAUUUUUUGUUGGUAAGUAAGUGAGUGAACACUUUGUUUACCGAUUGUAGCACCUACGGUGUACAACACUAAUAAACUUGUGGCUCU